AUGUGCUAUGGAUCUACCCUGAACCCCUCCAGGGCAUCCACCUUCGACGAAGAGACAUCUGCUACUAAUGAAAGUGUGGAUACACAGUUGUCCCAUCUGUUAUCUAUCCGCCCUGAGGUAUCCACCUCGAGCUUUGUGGAGCAGCAACAGCAAGCUGCUAACCCUCUGGACCUUCCUCCACGCCUUCGACUAAUUGGAUAUGGAACUUGUGGGAAGGUAUUUUCCCGCGAUGAUUCCACCAUUGUCCUAAAGGCCGCGCUUGUACAGUCUGAUCAGCUAUGGAACGAUUACAUCAUGGGCACUGCAGUCUGCGAGGCCUUCGACCGCCAUCCAAAGAUUAGCGUCCAUGUCCCAAGACCACAUUACUUCAUCGACAGCACAAAAUCUGGCGAGGAGGAAAAUAUCUGGUGGGCAAAUAACGAUAGCCACUUUCCAAAGGCUGUUGAUAUUCCUAGCGACGUGCUUAGUAUUGAGAAAAUACCCCCGCUGCCGCAUGUGAUUCGGAAUAAACUCAUCGAAAAGUACUGCCCCACCAAAGUCCUCCCAGCCGCCAGAGAGGCGCCGGGAAAUAAGGAUUGCCUAGUUCGCUUGUAUAUGGGAAAGCGUCGUGACCCCACUCGUCGCCCAUCGCGCUUCUUCAGCUUACGGAAUUUCAACAUGUGCCUAGAUCAAAUGGAAGAUCUCAAGCUGGAAGUUGGCAUCUUCGCCGCUUGUAUGGGUCAUGCUCUCGCUAUCAUGCACUGGGAUGCUAAAAUUGAUGCCGAUGACGUCGAGUUUGUCCUGGGUUGCGCCCCAGUAAACACCUAUGACAGUAGCACUAUUCCCAAUUACCUAUCAGGUCAACGACUAGCGGAAAUAACAUCUUACGGGACUCGUAAGUCUACUUUCAGGGAAUUUAAUGGAGCUCAGGACGCAACUGCAGCUCGGAACUUGACUAAAAGCCAUGUCAAUAUGUGGCUGCUAGAUUUUAACAGAUGUCAUUCAAUUACCAUGAACCAAGAAGGUGUUCAAAAAUCCGUGGAUGCGUUCUUCCGCAACGACCCUUACUUUCCACGCCCCGUUAUGAAACAAUCUUCCGACCAAGAGGCUUGGCUAAUAUUUCGUGACUGUUACCUGGAAACCAGCAAAGGCUGCCUCGAAGAUAUGGAGACUAAGAUCCAAGAACUUCCUGGGAACUUCAUCAAAGGAGUAGUCGCUGAACAGCAGCGGCGAUGUGAGAUAAAGGUAGCCUGGCUCACCAAUGCAGAAGAACACAAUAGCCUCCCGCCUGUGUGA